AUGUCUGAAGCUGCUAAUGAUCCGAUAAUUAAAAUUGAACCGCAAGAAUAUCCAAUCGAAGACAUUAAACGGGAAAUUGAAGAAGAUUAUAAAUUGUGUUCAGAGGAUGACAAAACAUGUCUAAAUAGAUUUAUGGACUCUAUAGUAAAAAUAGAAGAAGUCAAACAGGAAUUAAUUCAGACUGCUCCUUAUAAAUGUGACAAGUGUAAUAGACAUUUAGAAAAGACUUUGCCAGAUGCAUCUGCAUUAGAAAUACACAUAGAAUCUCAUACAGGUGAAAAACAUUUCACAUGCACAAAGUGUGAUAAAGCAUUUACUGAACAAUAUCAUUUAGAUCAACACAUUUGUGCUCCUGCAAGAGAACAAAUUUCACAUUUGAAUGAAUCUGGUAAUCAAAAACGAAAUAUUCGCUCUCAUACUGCAAAGGGGCCAGGUAAACGUCUGCAUGUUUGCCAAAUUUGUGACAAGAAAUUCACACAAUCGAGUAACUUGAAUCAACAUAUGCUCAUUCACACUGGCAAACGUCCCCAUGUUUGUCAAAUUUGUGACAAGAAAUUCACACAAUCGAGUUCCUUGAAUAGACAUAUGCUCAUUCACACUGGCAAACGUUCUCAUGUUUGCCAAAUUUGUGACAAGAAAUUCACACAAUCGAGUUCCUUGAACAGACAUAUGGUCAUUCACACAGGUAAACGUCCCCAUGUUUGCCAAAUUUGUGAUAAGACAUUCACACAAUCGAGUACCUUGAAAGGACAUAUGCUCAUUCACACUGAUUUCAAAUGCAAAAUCUGCGAUAAGGUAUUCAAACAAUCAAGUAGCCUGAAAAAGCACAUGGUUGCUCAUACCAAUGAGUAA